AUGUUCAGACGACUGUUACAAGCCAAGAGCUCGUUGCGGACUGUCCCCCGACUGGGCUCCCCGUCGCUACUGACACAAAGACACUUCACAGCAUCCGCCCGACGUCUUUUCGAGUUUCCCGAGUCGGUCCCCCGAGAGAAAAUCGAGGAAGAUGCCGUCACCAUUGUGAACCCCCAGAAGGACGACAAGGGACGACUCCUGCGUCUGUUUGUGUCCGACCGAGCGGCCACCAGACUCAACGCCAUUUCCGAGGACGACAAGAACCCUUUGCUGGCUCUCCGAAUUGAGGUGGAGUCCGGUGGAUGCCAUGGCUUCCAAUACAAGCUGGAGCUGUCCGACGUGGAGGACGUCGAUUUUGAGAUGGACAGUGUGUUCGAGAAGAACGGCGCUCGAAUUCUCAUUGACAAGAGCUCUCUGGAGAUUCUGCGAGAAUCCAACAUUGAUUACACAACCGAGCUUAUUGGCAGCCAGUUCAAGGUGGUGGACAGUCCCUACACUGUGAGUGCUUGUGGCUGCGGCUCCUCCUUCGACUUCGACGAAAGCAAGUUGGCCUAA